CGCCGAUAAAAAAAAAAGAAUGUCAGCGGGAGAGGGAGAGAGGGAGCAAGGAGGGAGGUAAACACGUGUGAGCCUGACGAGAGAAGCGGCACGGAGGGCAGGCUCACGACCACUACCAGGCCAGCACAAGGGUACGGGGACCACACCAUCUGCCCCUGGAAUCACGCACCAUCAUGAAGCCAAAAAGCAAAGGCAAUGUGAAGGCAGCUGGAAUGAAAAGGAAAAGAGAGAAGAUGACAGCCAAGACCAGUGUGGACGACAUGUUUUCCAUGAUUAACGAUGAUGAGGAUUCAGAUGAGGAACCCUCACAAGCAACUACAAAAAAGAAGCAAAACAAGGUGAAGAAGAAAAAGAUUGAUGAAGAUAAUGACGACCUGGACUUUGAAGAGGAUGAAGACUUGGCUGGGGUCGGCAAAAUGAGUCGCAAAGAAUACUUGGAGAAGCUGAAGAAGAAUGAUCCUGAAUUUUAUGCCACAAUGAUGGAGUCAUCUGAUGUGAUGGACCUGAACAGUUCAGGGGAAGAGGAUAGUGAGGAGGAGGAGGAAGAAGAGGACCAGGAGAGAGGUGGAGCAGUAUUUCAGCCACCCUCUAAACUGGAGGUUGGCAGUGAUGAGAGUGACGUAGAGGAUGAGGAGCUUCAGAACAGAGGCUCCAACAUCAUCACGGCUUCAGUGAUCAACAAAUGGGAGCAAGAGUUGCAAGGCCCCAAUCCUCUCAAUACCUUCUUGGAUGUGUCUCAGGCCUUCCUAGCAGCCAUUGAGAGUCUGGGAAGCAAGGACAAAGAGGAAGGAGAAGCCACCAGCAAGUACAAGGUGGAGGGUCCCCAAAUUUUCAAUUCCAUAAUCCGGCUGUGCCUGCGGAAUGUGCCGUCAGCCCUGGCCAGUAUCCUCAAGCUGAAAACGCCCAAAGAUGAUCCCACCAAGAGCAGAAAGUGGCCCAAGAUGAGGAACUUCUUUAAGUUGUACCUGAGGAAUCUUGUCACAUUGACAGAGUGCAUGGCAGAACCCAGUGUGGCUGAGGUGGUCCUAAACCGAGGGGUGCUGCCUCUCCUGAGUUACUAUGCAAGCCACCCGGCUGUGUGCAAGAUGCUGCUAAAGAGACUUAUCACGCUGUGGGCCACCAGUGAGAAGAGGGUCAGGGUGGUGGCGUUUGUUGCCAUCUUCAGACUUGCACAGAAGCUUCCCCCAAAGCCCCUGGAGUGGGUGUUGAAGCGAUUAUAUUUGACCUAUGUUCAAAAUGCAAGAUUCACGUCACCAUCUACUUGGGGCCUGAUCGACUUCAUGAGGCUGUCCCUGGUGGAGCUUUAUGCCCUGGACCAAGUGCUGGCAUACAAACAUGCAUUUGUGUACAUCCGUCAAAUGGCUUUUCACCUCAGGAAUGCCAUCAUGGUCAAGAAGAAGGAGCGGAUUCAGCUGGUGUACAAUUGGCAGUAUAUUCACUGCAUACACUUGUGGGCUGAGCUCCUGUCCAAGACUCACCCAAGUCCAGCCCUGCAGCCCAUUGUGUACCCACUCACUCAGAUUGCCAUAGGAACAAUGAAGCUCCAGCCCACUCCUUCCUUCUACCCACUGGUGUUCCAUGUGUGUUCCAUUCUGACAGAACUUUCUCGACACACCAGCACCUUCAUACCAGUCCUGCCCUUCUUGCUGGAGAUUCUCAACAAAGCUCCCCUUGGUAAGAAGCACAAGAAGGCCUCCAUCAGGCCCUUUGACUGGCUGUGCAUGCUGCGCCUGUCCCGCUCUGAGAUGUCUGAGUCUGGCUUCAAGGAUGGUGUGGUGGACCAGGUGUACAAUGGCAUUGUCAACUACCUCAGUGUUGAAGCCGCCUCCAUUGGCUUCCCUGAGUUGGUGGUUCCACUUGUUUUGCAGCUGAAGUCAUUCAUGAAAAAGUGCAAGGUUCCCAACUACAAUAAAAGAAUGAAACACUUGUUGGAAAAAAUAAAAGAAAAUCAAGAGUUUAUUGAAUCCAAGAGAAAAGACAUCACCUUUGCCAUUGGAGACACAAAAUCUGUGAAAGACUGGGAGAUUGCAGUCAAGCAGGGUGGGACACCGAUGUUGUCAUUCCAUGCCAGUUGGCACAAGAUAAGGGAAAAGGAGCACAUGAGGCGGAUCUCCAACAGAGUCGAGCUGGAUGACUACAACCUGCCAGUGGUGAGGAAGCGAGAACUCCUGGAGAAACAGAAGGCAAAGGAUAAGGACGAGUUUAAGGAACUGUUUGCGGAUGACGAUGAGGACGAGGAGGAUGACGAUGAUGAAAUAAGGUUCAUGUCCAAGAGUGAAAGGAAGAAAUACAAAGAUCAGAAAAAAGAGGAGGAGGGAGAUGAAGAUGAGGAAGAGGAGGGAGAUGAAGAUGAAGAGGAGGGAGAUGAAGAUGAUGAUGAUGAAAUGGUGGAUGAUGAAAUGAAGGAGGGAGAUGAAGAAAAGGUGGAUGAUGAAAUGAUGGGUGCCUUCGACUCAGAUGAUGACAUUGAUGAUAAUGCUGAGGAUAUUGUAAGGGAAGUAGAUUUAUCAACUUUAUAGAAUAAAUAUGGAUGCAUGAAA